AUGAGGUUCAGUCUUAUCACAACUGCCUUACUGGCAUGCACCUUCGACACGGCAUCGGCCCAACUUGACUUUUGGGCGAAGAAGGCAGGACUGAAGUACUUUGGUUCUGCUACAGACAAUCCCGGCAUGCGAGAGCGUGCUGGCUGGGAGAAGAAGUAUCCUAAGUAUAACGCGAUCUUUGCCAACAAGAAGGAGUUUAGCUCGACGACGCCGACCAAUGGCAUGAAGUGGUCAAUUUUGGAGGAAACUGAAGGUACCCUCAACUUCACGGAGGGCGACUGGCUCGCCCAACUCGCAGAGAAGCAAGGCAAAUCUCUGCGCUGCCACACCUUGGUUUACUGGGGAUCUUUCCCGCGCUGGGCUUAUUCUAAGCCCUGGACCAAGGAGUCACUAACCCAGGUGAUCACUGACCAUAUCACCAAAGUUGUCAGCCAUUAUAAAGGUAAAUGUUAUGCUUGGGAUGUUGCCAACGAGGCCCUCAACGAUGACGGAACGUACCAUGAUGGAUAUUUCCUCUACAAGGUACUCGGCGAAGAAUGGAUCAAGUUGGCCUUCCGUGUUGCCCACCAGGUUGACCCCCAUGCCAAACUUUACUACAACGAUGUUGGGAUUGAGACGCCAGGUCCCAAGGCCGACGGUGUUCUUCGGAUUAUCCGCAUGUUGCAGGAUGAAGGCAUUCGUAUUGAUGGCAUUGGGUUGCAGUCUCACAUCGUGACGGGGAAGGCUGCCUCGCUCGACGAGUACAUUUCUGCAAUCAACGCUUAUGGAAAUCUCGGGAUGGAGGUUGCUCUGACCGAGCUUGAUGUCGGUAUCAACCCCCCAGUCACUGAGAAGGCUCUCGCUCAGCAGAAGCGCGACUACAAUACGAUUGUAGGCGCGUGUGUCCAAGCCAGCGCUUGCAUCGGCGUCACGCUGUGGGACUUCUACGAUCCUUUCAGCUGGUUGGACUACUACUCCAACACGACUCAGGGCACCCUUUGGUUUGAGAACUUUAAGCGCCACCCCGCAUAUGACGGCGUUAUUGAUGCUUUGAAGAAUGGCACCUGUAGUGGGCCUCGGGGUCAUCGCUGGGCGACGUGUAAGGGCUAG